AUGACUACUUUUUACGAACGGCAAAUAAACUCUUUGCGAGAAGAGUUAACCACAAUUGAAGAAGAGUUGGAAAUUGAAAGAGAGGAAGUGUCCAAACAAAAACAAGAACUUUUGGGUAGAAUAAAAGAGUUAGAGGCAGAGAAUGAGAGAUUAAAAGAGUUAGCUCCUCUAGAAUUAUUGGAUGAGAUAAGUAAACUAAAAGAAAGAGUUAAACAGUUAGAGAAACAAAAUAACCAACUCACUUCUCAAAUUGAAGUCAAAGAAGUUAAAAAAUGA